CAGAGAAUCAAGGUUGCCAACCCUGUGGUGGAAAUGGACGGGGAUGAGAUGACCCGGAUCAUCUGGGCCUUCAUCAAGGAGAAGCUGAUCUUGCCCAACGUGGACGUGCAGCUGAAGUACUUUGACCUGGGACUGCCCCACCGGGACCAGACGGAGGACCAAGUCACCAUCGACUCGGCCCUGGCCACCCAGAAGUACAGUGUGGCUGUGAAGUGCGCCACCAUCACCCCCGAUGAGGGCCGUGUGGAAGAAUUCAAGCUGAAGAAGAUGUGGAAGAGCCCCAACGGUACCAUCCGGAACAUCCUAGGUGGGACGGUUUUCCGAGAGCCCAUCGUCUGCAAGAACAUCCCUCGCCUGGUCCCAGGCUGGACGAAGCCCAUCACCAUUGGGAGACAUGCCCACGGUGACCAGUACAAAGCCACGGACUUCGUGGUGGAUAAAUCAGGGACCUUCAAGAUGGUUUUCGUGCCCAAAGAUGGCAGUGGAGCCAAGGAGUGGGAAGUCUUUAACUUCCCAGGCGGGGGUGUCGGCCUGGGCAUGUACAACACGGAUGAGUCCAUCUCAGGCUUUGCCCACAGCUGCUUCCAGUACGCCAUCCAGAAGAAAUGGCCGCUCUACAUGAGUACCAAGAACACCAUCCUCAAGGCCUACGAUGGGCGGUUCAAGGAUAUCUUCCAGGAAGUCUUUGAUAAGCACUACAAGACCGACUUUGACAAGCUCAAGAUCUGGUACGAGCACAGGCUCAUUGAUGACAUGGUGGCCCAGGUGCUGAAAUCAGCUGGCGGCUUCGUCUGGGCUUGCAAGAACUACGAUGGAGAUGUCCAAUCGGACAUCCUGGCCCAAG